CACUAUGACAUCACAAGAAGGGGCUGUGGAUACCGAACUUCCGCAUCAGUCUUCAAACUUAGCUUCUCCCCAAAGUUAGGCGAGUGUCCUGCUCAGCACUGGGCUUGGAUCUCUGACAUGGAGGACAUGCUGUCAUUCUGGGAUGUGGCCAUUUAUUUCUCUGCAGAGGAGUGGGAGUGCCUGGGCCCCGCUCAGUGGAACCUAUACAGGGAUGUGAUGUUGGAGAAUUUCAGCAACCUUGUGUUCCUGGGUCUUACUUCCUGUAAGCCAUACCUGGUCACAUUUCUAGAGCAAAGACAAGAACCUUCAGAUGUGAGGACACAAGGGGCUGCUGCCACGCAAGCAGGAAAAAAAUGCUACACGUGUACGGACUGUGGCAAAGCCUUUGAUUGGAAUUCACACCUCAUUAAACACCAGAGAAUUCAUUCGAGAGUGAAGCCCUACAAGUGCAAAGAAUGUGGGAAGGCCUUCAGCACUCCAUCUGUGCUUUCUGUACACCUGAGAAUUCAUACAGAAGAGAAAUCCUACAAAUGUGAGGAAUGCGGCAAAAUGUAUUAUUAUUCCUCAAAGCUUAAGGAACAUCAGAAAAGUCACUCUCAGGAGAAACCCUACAGGUGUGAAGUGUGUGGCAAGGCCUUCAGGUCUUCCUCUCAUCUCUCUACUCACUUGGGAAUCCAUUCUGGAGAGAAACCCUUCAAGUGUGAAGUGUGUAGCAAGGUCUUUAGAACUCCCUGGCAACUUUCUAGUCACGUGAGAGUCCAUUCUGGAGAGAAACCCUACAAGUGUGAAGAAUGUGGAAAAGCCUUCUCUACUCAGUCAUACCUUUCUCAACACAAAUUAGCUCACACCGGGGAGAAACCUUACAAGUGUGAGGAAUGUGGAAAACUGUUCUACUGUGCGAAAAACCUUAAGGAGCAUCUAAGAAUUCAUUCUGGAGAGAAACCCUUCAAGUGUAAAGAAUGUGGCAAAGACUUCAGAACGUACACAGCACGUUCUAAACACCAGAGAAUUCAUACUGGAGAGAAGCGUUACAAGUGUGGAGAAUGCGGCAAGGCCUUCCACCAGUCUUCUGGUCUUAAACAACAUCAAAGGAUUCAUCUGUGAGAGAAAGAACACGAGUGUGACAAAUGUGCCAAGGUCUUUUGCACUAGCUAAGAACUUUUGAAACACUUGAUAAUUCAUACUGGAGAGAAAUGCCACAAGAAUGAAAAGUGUUGCCAACUGUUUAAAAAAUGUUGUAAUAUUCUUCAACACAAGGUCGUUCAACUUCAGUGAAAUAAUACAAAUGGUAAAUGUUCAUAAAAUGUCUUAUACUUCUUUGGAUCCUAAAAGAUAUUAAAAAAUUCAUUCUGACUAGAAGCCCUACAAGUGUGGAGAAUAUGGUAAAACCUUUGAAGCACUCAGACCUUACCCAGUACAAAAGAAUCAAUAGAGGAGGACAGCUAAACACAUGUGAAGAGUAUGCUGAAGAGCUUUCCCAGUCAAUCAAUGCUUCCCGACCUGAAUUUAUCCUGGAGACAAGCAGCACAACUGUGGAGGGAGUGCCAAUGAUUUUAAAGGAUCCUCAUACCUUAAACAAAGGAAAGCACUCAUUCUGAGCAACAACCUUACAAAUGUGAAGAAUAUUGAAAAGCUUAUUCAGCCCUUGUUGAACCUCAAGGAAGUCACACAUGAUAGAGUCUCUGUAAAUGUAUAAAAUAUGGCCAUGUGUUUAGCUGCUUUUUAUUCUAAGAAUCAUAGGGAUCAUGUUGGUAAGGCGCACUACAAGUGCUAAGAUUGUGGCAAUCCCUUUACCUGACUUCCUUAUCUGAAGUGUCCUCAAAGUGUCCCCAGAGACACUAUAGUAGAGUGAAACUCUACACGCCCAAAUAAUGUGGAAAAAACAUAAAAAAUAUUUUUAAUCACCAUCAGCACCAAGGAAUCUGCAUUGAUGAGAAGCUCUACAAUGCAGAUGUCCUAUUUGUUUCUGUUCUCAGUUUCACACAAUGUGAUGGAGUCUCAAUCUGGAUCUGAUAGACUGUGACUGUGUCAAUAGGGUAUUUUCAUGAAUACUCAUUGAUAUAGGAGAAUCUAGAAGAAUUGUGAUGAUGCCAGUGCACCUUGGAUGACCCACACCUGAGCAGCUCAUCCUGAUAGUAGCAGAAUGCUGGUUGAGCUGAAGCUAAAGGGCACAAGCCAGAAAGUAGCACACCUCUCUUGUUCCCACCUCACUUGCUGCCUUAGAUUUCUGCUGUGUUCUGCCCUGGCUUUCAUGGAUGAUGAAGUGCAGCCAGUGAACUGAAAUAACCUCUCUUCUCCCCUAAGUAGUUUUUGUUGUGGUGUUUAUCACAACAACAGAAAUCAAACUAAGGCAGUAAAGAAUGAGAAACAGUGUUCCACUCUUCUUUAUAUCCUAGUGAUCAUCAGAGCCUAUGUACUGGAAAGCAACAUUCUAAUAAAUGAUGAGUUGAGGCAGAUAAAGCCCAUAUGCCAGAUGAAUGGGCUAAGCCUCAAGUAAGAAAAGCUGUGACAUGCACAAUAGCACCUUGACCCAGAGGAGCCUGAAACUGGACCCCCAAGAUGACAACUGCUGAUGUAAGACCCAGGGCCAAAUCAAGAACACCACAAUAGCCAUAGAAGCAAAGCCUGCCAAACAGCGCAUGCAUAAAUACCUCAGCCCUUUAUUUAAUAAAUGAGCUUGCUUGCAAUCUCCCA